GUCAGAUCUCAAAUGUCAAUAAUUAAUGAUUGUUUUCGACUUUCGUUGCCGUUGCUAUUAUUUAUCACACGUGCUUUGUGUAGGAAAAUAUUGUAAUUUUUCUUCUAGUCAGAAUGGACAGUAAGUGUCGUCGUAAUGGGCGGCUGAUAGACAUCGUGGACGAUGAGUGGCGGGCAGAGCAGUUGCCGCACGAGGACAUUCAGGUCCCUAUUGAGGAACUGCCCGACCCAGAGGCGGACAGCGCCGACUCGCACCUCACGCUCAAAGAGCAGAGCAUGCGCUGGCAGGAGUACUUCCCUGAACCAGCAAGCAAUAAUCAAAACUAGGAGCAGAUCAACAUACGCGAGCAAAUACCCAAGUAUCUAAAUGCACAAGCAAAACUCCUCACAACUAGAUGUAUAAUAAUAGAAACUGAAAAAAUAUCAAAAAAGGCUCAUGCAGCACUGACUAUAUUGAAACAGUUUGGUAUACAUGAAUGUGGCCAUAAAGAGCCAAUCUCUGGAUCUAACUGCAUAUUGUCUAUGAUUGGAAAACGUAAUGACAAACACUACAUAUUGGCUUCGCAAGACCGGGACCUACAAGAAAAGUUUAGGCAGAAAGCAGGUGUUCCUCUCUUAUAUCUCCAUAGCAAGGCUCCUACAUUAGAGAAACCAUCAAAACUAAGCUACGAAAAGGCGGGAAGAACAUUAGAAGCCAAUGAGUUCAUGUUCAUAUCUGAAACUCAAAAUGAAGCCCUUAAAACUAUGAAAAAGGCUCUUGGAGUUGAGGAAAA